ACCACCCAAGCUGUUAUUUGGAAAUGUCGAGUGAGUGAUGCCAGCUCAAAUGUCACGCUUCCUCCAUACUUAAGAUACCGUCGAUUGGUGGCUGUAUUGGUCGGGUGCAAGAGGUCAGUCAGUCCAGCGUUUAUUCUCCUAUAGCAACAAACCACGUACAGACACUGAGACAGGAUGAGUCACGAGGAAGUCAGUGUUGGGGAGAUUCACGGUUUUGACCACGACUUUGACCCCCAAGUAGACCGGAAGUACCAGUGCCCGAUCUGUCUGGCGGUGUUACGGGAAGCGGUUCAGACUUCCUGUGGACACAGGUUCUGUGAAGAGUGUUUGAAAGGCGUCAUCAAGGCAAGAACGUGUGCCAAAUGUCCAGUUGACAACAGAUGGUUCAGAGUUCGAGGAGAAGUGUUUCCCGACAUCGCCACCCGACGUGAAAUCUUGUCCUUGACAGUAAAGUGCGACUACAACAAAGGUGAAGACCGAUGCCAGUGGAAGGGGGAACUCCGAGAACUCCAGGAGCACAAGGACACCUGCCAAAUGGCCCCCCAUACCUUGCGAGUACAGUUGUGGACUGACCGUGACCCGAGGCGAAGUGGCCGUCCACAUGGCGACUUGCAGGAGAAGACCAGUCGCGUGAUGCACCACCUGCUGGAGUGUGAGAAGUUCCCGGUAACGUGCACUGUGUGUGGAGCUGUGGGCAUUCUCCGGAAGAACAUCCCCGACCACAUCGAGCAGGACUGCCCUCUGGUGGAGGUUAAAUGCACCUUCAACAGACUGGGGUGCAAGGCCGAGGAAAAACGCCAGAACCUGCAGAAGCACAACAAAGAGUGCUGGCAGCAGCACUUGGCCCUGAUGGCGGACAACGAGCUCCUUCUGCGGUCUGACAUGCAUAAGUUACGAAUCACAGUCGAGUCUCUCACUAACGAUGUAGAAGAUCUUAAAGAUCUGGCCGUGAGACAAGAAGUCAUCAUGAAGAUCCAACGUCGACAGAUUCGAAAGCUUCGAGGCGAAUCCGCCAGUGAUGCUGUUUCAACCACAUCGGACGAAGACGUUAACGAUGCAGCGACCAACACCAUCACUAUGGAGAUGGAUGACGACAGCGCUAACAUUUCGUGAUGUGUGUUUAGUCUACAGUGUGGAGACGUCUAAACACGACAGCCGAACAGCCACGCAGUGAAUGCCUUGCAGUACAUGUGUGCCUUGACUUGCCCCUAGACUGAUUAAUCAGUCUGGUUCUCACAGCCGUCUUUUAUGCCAUACUUUGUGAAAUAUAACCAGUGUUGCUGCAGCUGCACUAUACAUUACAAUGGGGAUUGUCAGCCAGUAUGUUUUCCUCUGAAUCCUUCUUGUAAGAACCAAAAGGCGACUAUGCUUGUCGUAAGAGGCGACU